CUUAUCAAGUAUUUAUAAUAACUAACGUUCCUUUUAUAAGCCAGUUAUCGACGAUUUUAUUGUAUUCUACUUUUUGGUUUUGAGAAGCACAUUCAUUUACUUUUUAACAAUUAACAUGCGCUUCAGUGAAUUUAUAUCAGUGGUUUUUAUCGGGUUACUCCUUCUUUUGGAAGUAUCUGCGAGACAAAGUGAAGAGCGCAACUAUGGAUCAUCUGGGAAACACCCAUCUACACUUCGUAGACCGUCUCAGAAUAAUCCUAUAGGACCGCCUUAUGAGAUACUGCCUAAUAAUCCAUGGCUGAAUACAAAAAUAAGAAAUAGAAGAAUAAGUUUCAGUAGAAUUAAAUCAUGGCUCGAUCCCAGGCACGGUGUUCUCUUCAAUCUAGAUACACCAGUUUAUUCGGUCAGAAAUACUAACAGGCCACUUCAACCUGAGAUUCAAGAAUAUCCAAAUGUGUUCCGUCACGUAAUAUCGAAUUUGUAUGAAGAUAUUUCGAAUGCUUCAAUACCAGAAAUAAUCAAACGCAAUAGUUACAGGGAUUCGAAUAAUAAUUUUCGAAGACCUCUACCUCCUCGUUUUCGGCGUCCGCAAGUAUAUGCUCCAAAGACACUCCCAUUCAAUAGAAACAGACGUUUAAAUACAGUAUCUAUUAUCAAUAAUAGUUUUGAUAGUUCAUUUACAUCAUCGUCUAGACCAAAACCAAUAACACCAUCAAUAAUUCAUCCCGAAGUAUUGGUAAUCGUUGACUACGCUCUGUACAAAAAAUUUCACCGAAGUGUUUGGGAAUUAGUUAAUUACUUAAUGGGAUUUUGGAACGGCGUUGAUUUAAGGUUUCGAGAUUUUAACCACCCUCAUGUUAGAUUGAGUAUAGCUGGUAUUCUUAUUGCUGAGGACGAAAAAGCUCUAAGCUACAUCUACAGAAAUCGUGAGGGUCCCUAUGCUGUGAAGGGUAAAGAAUUAAAUAAAGAUAAACAAUCAUGGUUGUAUGAACAAAGAGCCAAGUUUCCAUUUACGAGUUAUGAUAUUUCAAUUACAAUGACGGGGCUCCAAACCGAAAUGAAAGGCUUGGCCACUGUAGGAGGAGCUUGUAAAGUAGAUCAUGAUAGUAAAAAAGUA